CCCUGCCCGGAAGUGAUCGCCCCGGCCGGGGUUAAGGGCCGCGGAGAGGUCGGGCCGCGGCCGCCAGGGAGAGGGCUGAUGAGCUUUUGGGAGACUGGGCAGAGCAGCCAGAGAUGCUCCAGCUACAGAGGAUGAGGAGGCUUGCGGGGGCAAACUGCCUGCUCCAGAGACACAGCGCUACGUGGAGGAGCUCUACAAAAAAUGCAUCGUUUUCGGAAGUGCUGCAGCUGGAGGAUAAAAAGCUCACUGGUGUAGUUUUCCCUCUCCAGGGUCUAGAGAAGUAUCUAGCCCCGAACGUGAACACUACAAGCUUCCGGACUUUCAACCCCGGCCUGGAUGACAUCCACAGGGCAGAGGCGCUUUUCAAACCCUCGGGCAAACACGUGAUUGAUUAUUUCAGUUCUGCCGUCCGCAUGGACCAUGCACCACAGCUGUCACAGCCUGAGGUGUGCUUUGUGGGCAGAAGCAAUGUUGGGAAAUCCUCCUUAAUAAAGGCCUUGUUUUCAUUGGCUCCCAAUGUUGAUGUCCGAGUGUCAAAAACUCCAGGCCACACAAAGAAAAUGAAUUUCUUCAAAGUGGGGAAAUACUUUACGUUGGUGGACAUGCCAGGCUAUGGCUACCGAGCCCCGCAAGACUUUGCUGACAUGGUGGAGGCCUAUUUACAAGAGCGUCAGAACUUGAAGAGGACCUUCUUAUUAGUGGACAGCUUGGUAGGAUUUCAGAAAGCAGACCACAUUGCCAUAGAAAUGUUGGAGGAGUUUGGGAUCCCUUACGUUUUUGUGUUAACCAAAAUGGACAAAGCUCCCAAGGGACUGUUGGUUAAAAAUGUACUGGAGAUCCAAGACUUCGCAGAGAAACACACUCAGGGGUGCUUUCCUCAACUCUUCCCAGUCAGUUCCAUAGAGUAUUCUGGCAUCCACCUGCUGAGGUGUUUUAUAGCCCAUGUUACCGGAAACCUUCCCAUGAUGAAUUCUUGACAGCCACAACUCUCCUGUUGUAUUCUACUCAUCCAGCACAACAGUGGUGACAAGGAAGUAGCAAGAACACUCUUUCCUGCUGUAUUGCUGUAGGGCUUCCUACCUGGAGGUGGAAAGGACCUGCCCUUUAAGAAGUUAUGAGAGGAUGAUGACUGAAAAGAAAGUCUGGUACACAGGCUGCAUGGAGUUAUGUGGUACCUCCACUCUAUGCCCCAAAAGGAAAUUACCCUAAUGUAA